CAAACCGCCGGUUGGAACCGAUUGAACACAGCUAAUUACCACUUUGGGGCAGAAAGGUAAUAUUUCCAAUCGAAAGGGGAGAUUAUCGUCAUUCUCCAAAUCAAAAUUGUCUCAUUAAGGCUACGGGUGUCUCAUGUUCUUCUCGUUACUAUUCUUCCGUUUGCUCCAAAAUCCCAAAUUCGUAUUUAUAAUGUCCUCUGCCCUAAUUGGCGCUUCAAAACCCUAGCGCAGUUUCUGAUCUUGGCGCAGUUGUCAUGACUGAAACCAAAACGAUGGAGAAUCCGAACAAUUCCAUCGACGUCGAGUUCAAGGAAGAGGAACUGACCGAAUUGCCCGUGAAAGAGACGUCUCCCAAAUUUGGAUUUGCUUACGCCCCCGAUGUUUCUGGAACUGAGAUGGAGUAUCAGGAGAAUGAAACUGGAGUAUGUCGCAGUGAUCCAGCCGACACUGGUUACAAUCAUGAUAGUGCCAGUUCAUUUUCUCUUAUCAAUAACAAUGAUUUUGCUGACAUGCCUGACCUAAGUCAUGUUCUGCACAAUGGUUUUAAAAACCAUGGGCAAGCUGUGGACACCAAAUUUGAUGUUAUUCAAUCUGGAAGUGGUUUUGGUAUAGCAGAACUCAAGUCCAGCCUUGAUCACACUGUGCGGUUGGAAGACCGCCUGAAUCAUGCCAUUCUAGAAGCUCCCUGCAAUGAAAUGUCUGUUCGUGCGGCCUCAGAUGCUGAAGAGAGCAUGGGCAAGGAAUCUCCGUCUGGUGCCACAACUUCCUUUGAUGGACCAACUUCCCGUAAUUACUUUAGUGGCAUGGACAUGGAAGGAGAAAGUGCUGGAGUUGUUCUCUCUACAGAUUAUCUAGAAUAUUGUGACGCCCGUCUUUUGGAUUGUGUUGUGAGUUUUUCUAUAAGUUCUGUUGAAGUUAGGGGUAAAACUGCCUAUAGAGAGGAAGGAACCUUCCAUAUUGACAUAGAUGAUAUUGUCAAAAUAGAGUCUGAGUGGAGUGCUCGGUGUGAAACAGGAACCAUAAAUAUCCAUUUCAUUUUAAAAUAUGAAGCAGAAGACAAUGUUGCUUUCGAUGCCACAGGUCUUCAGAAGUUGAAAUUUCUGAUUUCUGACUGUGACUGGUGUAAGAAACAAGAAGCAAUUGAGUCUCUGAAUGUCAGAUACAGAGCUCUAUGGAAUGUUCUACUUGACACUAGAUUGGAAGAUUGCUUACCACCAUCUGAAGGAGACACGGCUGUACCUGCAGGAAGCUAUUUUCCAAAAUUUGAUACACAUUUUGAAGACGUGAUUUAUCCCAAAGGUGACCCUGAUGCUGUCUCCAUAAGUAAGAGAGAUGUAGACCUCCUACUGCCAGAUACAUUUGUCAAUGAUACAAUCAUAGAUUUCUACAUCAAACAUCUGAAAACGAGACAAAAUGAAGAGGAGAGGACUAAGUACCACUUCUUUAAUAGUUUUUUCUUUCGAAAGUUGGCUGACAUGGACAAAGAUCCAUGUAGUGCUUUUGAUGGCAAGGCAGCAUUCCAGCGUGUUCGUAAAUGGACUAGAAAAGUAAACUUACUUGAGAAGGAUUUCAUUUUUAUUCCUGUCAACUACAAUUACCAUUGGAGUCUUAUCGUUAUUUGUUACUUCGGUGAGAUUGCCAACUAUGAAGAUGUUGAGGGUAGGAAAUCUGCAAGAGUUCCCUGUAUAUUGCAUAUGGACUCUUUCAGAGGAAGUCAUAUUGGACUCAAAGAUCUUAUGCAGAGUUAUUUAUGGGAGGAGUGGAAAGAACGGCAGAAAGGAUCAUCUGAUGAUUUGUAUUCAAAAUUUAGGAACUUAAAGUUUGUUCCUCUUGAGAUUCCUCAACAGCCGAACUUAUUUGAUUGCGGCCUUUUCUUGCUUCACUAUGUAGAGCGUUUUCUGGAGGAAGUUCCUGCGAACUUCAGCAUUUACAAGGUUACCUCAUCGUCCAGCUUUCUCCAAGAAAACUGGUUUCCUCCCGGUGAUGCUUCCCUGAAGCGUACGCAGAUAGAGAAAUUGAUUAGCGAUCUCCUUGAUCCUCACUCCGAGAAUUGUACUCCGUCUGGUGGCAGUAGCUUGCAUUCUGUCUCCGAAUGCCCUAACAUUACCGAUAACUAUGAGAAUGGUGGUGGCUUUUCAAUGAACAUCGCUCCUUUGAGUGAUUGCCACAAGAACUCGCUACAUCCAAUUGGGCAGGGAAUCGAGAUGACUUUGUUGCCCUCUUCAUCCGCGAGAAACAACCUAUGUACAACGACAUCUGGAUUGGUUCUAAAGGAUUUGUUUGCGCAGACAUCUGCUUCAGAAUCUCUUAGCAACGCACACUGGGAAUCUUUGGAGACCAAACCAUCUUCACUUUUCGAUUUUAAAGGACACAGUCUUCCAUUAGAGGCGAAGGUGGAAGCUAACGAGUGCUUCAUACAAACAGAACUCCCCGAACCCGUCUUUCAGCAUCUCGACAGUAUCGCCCCAGAAGAACAUGCCUUUGCUUACACAUGUGGUGAUUUUGAAACAGAGCCAAUCCACGAACCUACACAGGAGAAUAUCGACACUUCUGUAACAUCAGGAGAACUGCUUAAUUCUGUUGAAACAAACGACUGUGUUGGAAUGUCUAUCUUACUAGGUAGUGACCCCACCAUUACCUUCUCCCCAAAUAACUCGCCCGAGCCUCGCCAGGAAGCUAACCAUCUACCCAUGCCUGCCUUCACUUCAGACAUCGACGUGCCGGAUAAUUCACAGUCGAAAACUCCAACUCAUACAGUAUCCCUGAAGCAUCCCCGCUCGCCUUCCCCGUUCGGAAACAAUGGUCUUGACCAUGAACUUGCAGCGAAGAAGAUGCGUCUGACACCCCUCGACGACCAGUGCGGCGAAGUCACUACCAGUUCAUCCAAAGACCUGACUUUGUGAAGUAAGCAGUUGUUGGUGAAUAUGAUUUGCCCUUCACAUCUUUAAUUUUAUUUUAGUAUUACUAUUAUAUAUACAUAUUUUUUCUUUCAACUCUUGAUGCCCUUUAGGAACUGGUAGGUGUCUAACUGGAGAUGGUUCAUUGCUAGAUUAUUAAUAUUAUUAUGAUGACUUUUUAGAUUUUGAGGGCAGAUUUGAAAGGUUUUCUGGUCACUUGUUUUGUAAAUUGGGGCUAUCGUUUGGAAUUUUAUGUGUAAUAUAAUAUAUAUAUAUAUAU